AUGACGUACUUGCGUUGCAGAGCCGGGCCAGGCAUACUCUGCUCAAGGUCGUUUGGUGACCAGCCCCUUUUCUACGCGCCUCGUCGUCGAUCGUGCGAAUGUCGCUGCAAGUCCGGGUUGCAGCAGGAUCAAUCAAACGACCGAGCGACCGAGCGUUCACUCGCUCGGGAGCUGCUGACUGACCCGUGGGUGGGUAGGGGAGGACGAGGGGGUGAGCCAUCUCGCAUUUUUUUGCAGCGGAGAAAGAAGCGACACCACCAACCGCUUCCGCAGCUCCGAGCGAGCGAGCAAGCGCGUCUCCUCCCGCUCCCCGCCACUGGUUUUUCCCGCAGGCCGUCCGAGACCGUCUUCUUGGACGUGACAAGCCGGCGAACAGCCGCGCUGGGACUCGUCCAGUGUAGCGAACUCGUGCGGUCUGUGGACGUGCUGCUGCGCGAACUCGUGCCAGACGACAAACUCGACGCUGCGUUCGAGAGCCUCAGCAUUGCUGCGAGCUCCGGGGCUGCGCUCGUAGAGGCCAAGGCGCACGACGCGUCCAUCAAGGCGGGAACAGCGGCAGUGGAUGCGAACGAACCAGACUUUGAAGGCGCUCCCCCCGUUGACGAAGAGUCGAGCGACGAGGAGUCGACGACUGAGAAGACGGUGCCGGGUGAGCUUGAGCGCAAGUGGGCCAAGAUCCGCGCCGUGUUUCAUGACUGGGACGAGGAACAUGGCGACCGGGAGAAGAAGAUGGACGACAUGGCCGAGCUCCUGCUGCGCUAUCGUGUGCUGGAGAAAGUGUUGAUGCCCAAGGUGCUGGGGCAGCUCACGUUUGAGACACGCAAGUACGUGGGCCACGUCUUUCGUGCUAUGACGGUGCACAAUCUUCGUGGCUUUAUUGAGCUCAUUGGCGAGCGACCCGAUAUCAUGCGAUGGCUCGUCGAAGGCUACAAGAACAAUGACACGGCUCUUAUCUGCGGCUCGAUGCUCCGUGACUGCUUUGAGCACCAGACGCUCACGAUGAUCUUUCUACAGACUCUUGCACCCGAGUUUGAGUUUUUGUUUAAAGUGACGAUGGAGAACAGCAACUUUGACAUCUCGGCCGACGCGCUCAUUAAUAUCUCGCGGCUACUGACGGUGCACAAGAAGGUGACGGUGCAGCUGUUGGAUGAAGCGUUCGACCACAUCUUUGGUCUGUUGAAUGGGUUGUUGACGUCCGAGAACUAUGCCACGCGGCGUCAGGCGCUGCAGUUAUUGUCGGAGUUGCUGCUUGACCCCGUGAACUUUUCGGUUAUGCAGCGGUACGUGGCGUCGCGCACGUAUUUGAAGCAGGUGAUGCUUCUUCUGCGUGAGCCAAGCGAGGCUUUGCGGAUGGAUGCUUUUCACGUGUUUAAGAUCUUCGUAGCGAACCCGAAUAAGUCACCAGAAGUGGAGCAGCUUCUCGUCCGUAACCGAGAGAAGCUGCUGGCGUUCGUCAGCGACUUUGGCAAGAGUGCGUCGAACCGCGACUUUUUGCAGGAACGGUCGCUGCUGGUGUUUGCGCUCGAGCGAAUGGCUCAGCAGACCACUGCACAGGAGAAGGGACAGGAGCAGGCAACGCGCCCAGCGUCUUUGUCAAACGCCGAGCGCCAGCCGCUCUCGGGUUCCGUGUCUCAAGUGUGUGCAAAUCGAAAACGGGCACAUCUCGGCGCGACAUUUGGUGCCCAUCACGCCCGAACUUGUCUCGAGUUUCUGCUUCUGUUUUUCCCACACGGUGUCGUGCAGUCGAAAAGCAGGGACGAGGAAAGGCACGCUGGCUGGUCGACCGACCCGUUUGGGGUCCCCACAGUGCAGUUUCCACCAGCAGAAGCUCACACCACGUUCAGUCGGUCAUUAGCCUUUGUGAAGCGCUGCUCUUGA